AUGGGAGGAGAUCAAGAGGCUUGUCUACACAGACUUUGCCCUUUGAGCAGGCUGCACUUCACAGCCGAUCCUGCGGAUCUGCUUUCUCUGUUUGGGCUUCAUCCCGAGAGCAGUUUGCAGCAGCGAUUGGCUUACAAAGGAAAAGAUGUGGUUGAUGUUAAGACCUCAAACAGCGCCAUACUUCCGUACGGUGAUUUCCUAAACUUGGGACUGGGUAUCGAAUCAAAUGUCCAUGCUACAGACAGCAGAGAAUACCACCCCCAUAACAUUCACAUUGCCCAGGAUGAAUUGAAAGAGGCCGGGUUAUAUAUAGAGUCAAGGAGUUGGAAGAAUUGUGGAACCAGAGACAAUGCAGAGAGAGCAGGUAGAUCGCUCUUGUUUCCCGUCUGGCGUCGCAUUGUUCACAGAAGCCUUGUAACUGUGGGAGAAAUGGUCUUAAACGGAGAAAGUGCAUCUAGAGCGGCGGCCGCAGUUAUAGUUAAGCCAGGUGGUGGCGCGUCCUUUAGUAGUUAG